AUGGCCGUGAUUGUUCCGAGAAAUUUCCGGCUACUAGAUGAGCUGGAGAAAGGGCAGAAAGGCGACUGCGCAUCGGGCGUAACCUGGGGUCUGGAAGACCCAGACGAUAUCACGCUGACCUACUGGAACGGCACCAUUUUCGGCCCACCAGCGACUGUUUUUGAGAACCGUAUUUUAUUGCAUAGAUACUUAAACUUAUGGAUUCGUAAUCGUACUAAUACUAUUCCUCGUUGAUGUAGUAGCGCAAAAAUUGUUCGAGUACGAGACUCAAAUAAACUGUCAGCAUUGAAGAUGUGAUCACGAAGUUGCAUGACUCGCUUACGCUUGACGAGCAUUUGUAGCAGGCGUGGAGUUAUUUGUGAUUUGCUUCUGUACGUAUUUGCAUCAGAUCAUAAGCAGGGUGAAAGCGGCACUGGCGCUCCUGUAUGACAAAAAAAAAAGGAAAAUAAAUAUCAGGUAUCUACUCUCUCUCCGUGGUUUGCGACAAAGAUUACCCGGACAAGCCACCAACUAUCAAAUUCAAUACACAAAUCAACCUGUCAGUAGCAGACAAAAACGGGAUGUGCAAGGUACAGGUCGAUCAUGUCGAUGAUAGUUCUUGUUGAAUACAGCGUUGACUUGCAGCAGGGGUCCACCUGUUUGUCUACUUCUGUAUUAUGAUGCACCAUUUUCAUAUGUGUUUCUGGUUUUUAUUACAUCAGUUUCUAUCGCAGUUCAUUUAGACGAGUCCUCGAUUCACCCGUAUUAACGGAAAGAAAAGCAAAGAUGAGUCAUCAAGUCGCCCUCAAUGGGUUGGACAUACAAAGAUGACGCUGAUGAUGAUGAUGAUGACCAAAAAAAACAGGAGCAGUGGCCCAUUAUUUCCGGUUGGAGAAGAGAAUACACGCUGGAGACAAUACUAUCAAGCCUGCGACAAGAGAUGGCUAGCGGGGCAAAUCGAAAGUUACCGCAGCCCCCCGAGGGGACCACUUAUCCCGUGAACUAGAUGCUGGCCACUUUAGUCGACAAUCAGCUUCUUCGCCGAAAGAUUGAAAUACUAGCACACGACGAGUGGUUGCAGCUUCAUCUCAACAAACGCGCAAUUUCAAUUUGAAUUUGUUGUUGCAUUUGCGACCAUGGAGGUUUCUGCUUUCCGCCCGGUUCCUCGAUAGUGAAUCAUAGACCUCCUCCUAUGCCAUUCUUUUUACCCCAAGCGAAUGCGAAAGCGAAAACUUCCACCGCGACCAAAUC